AGUAAAUUGUCAGUUCCUGCUUUACACACAGCUGAUCAGCUUGCACUGAUGUAGUAUUAUCAGUGCCAUCGAGAAAGAACGCUGAAUAUACAACUAGCGGGGCCGCUGGGGGCAAAGUCCCCUUCAAGGCGGAUGUGACAAAAGGCUUCGCCCCAGAGGCGUCGCCAAGAAAAGCAAAGUUCAAUCCAAGAUGGCGGCACAUACAAACUUUGUUGCGCUGUCCGUCGUCUUCUUCCUUACUUUUUCGCUGUGUCUGGUCGCCCAAGCUCGCAACAGGCACCGCCCGAGCUUGGACUUUCAGAAGAACCAAGAAGAUGGACCGAACUACCUUGUAGGUGUGGGCAGGGCUGACGUAACGGGGCCGGCUGCUGAAGUCAACAUGAUGGGAUAUGCCAACCCUGCUCAGCAGAGUUCAGGUAUCCACUUCCGGCAGUUCAGUCGUGCGUUCAUCGUGUCAGACCCACAGAACACCACUCGUACUGUCUUUGUCAGCGUGGACUGUGCCAUGGUGUCACAGAUCCUCAAGAUAGAGGUUGUUAAGAAGUUGAAGCCACUGUUUGGAAAUGCGUACAAUGAGAGCAACGUUUGCCUGAGUGCCAUCCACACUCACUCUGGCCCGGCCGGCUUCCUGCAGUAUGUGCUGUUUGAUGUGACGUCCCUCGGGUUUGUCAGGGAGAGUUUUAAUGCCCUGGUGGAUGGAAUAGUCGCUAGCAUCCAAAGAGCACAUAACAACGUUGUGCCGGGUGACCUCUAUCUGAAUCAAGGGGAACUGCAGGAUGCCAACAUCAACCGCAGCCCGACAGCCUACCUCAACAAUCCUGAAUCUGAGAGAGCAAAAUAUGAUGCCAAUACUGACAAAAACAUGGUUGUGCUGAAGUUUGUAGACCAACAUGGAACAGGCCUGGGUAUGAUCAGUUGGUUUGCCGUCCACUGUACCAGUAUGAACAACACCAAUGGUUUGAUCAGUGGAGACAACAAGGGCUAUGCCUCGCAGCUGUUUGAAGCUGACAUGAACCCAGGGUCCCUCGCUGGACAGGGUUCCUUUGUAGCAGCCUUUGCUCAGAGUAAUGAAGGAGAUGUGUCCCCUAACACACGAGGUCCCCACUGUCAGGACACAGGGCUGGCCUGUGAUCUGGAGACAAGCACUUGUAAUGGGAAGUCGGAGCUGUGCGUGUCACCAGGUCCAGGGGUGGACAUGUUUGACAGCACACGUAUCAUUGGCCACAAGCAGUACAGCAAGGCAAAGGAGCUGUACAAUGCAGACGCCCAGGAGAAGUUGUCAGGACCGGUACAGUUUGCCCUGCAGUUUGUGGACAUGAGUGAUGUCACAGUGCAGAUCAACAGUUCCUACUCCGCAAAGACUUGUAAACCAGCCAUGGGGUACAGUUUUGCAGCGGGAACUACUGAUGGACCUGGUGCUUUUGACUUCACUCAAGGUGACACAGAAGGCAAUCCAUUUUGGAACUUUGUCAGGAACAUCAUCAAACAACCCUCAGCUGAAGAGGUGGCCUGUCAGGCACCCAAGCCUAUUCUACUGCCCACGGGGGAGAUGACGUUCCCCUACGCCUGGCAGCCUGACAUUGUUGAUAUCCAGCUGUUGAGGUGGGGUCAGCUGGUGGUGGCCGCUGUGCCUGGCGAGUUCAGUACCAUGUCUGGGAGACGUCUAAGGGACUCCAUUCAGAGGGCUGUGGUGAGCAAGGGUUUACCAGAGGACACUGAGGUGGUGGUGGCAGGACUAUCCAACACCUACUCGGACUACAUCACCACCUAUGAGGAGUACCAGGUGCAGAGAUAUGAGGGUGCCUCUACCAUCUAUGGUCCCCACACCCUGGCAGCAUAUCAACAGCUCUACUCACAGCUGGCUCAGGACAUGGUUAUGGGAGCGGAUAUUGACAUUGGUCCUUCUCCUCCCAACCUGCUGUCCCGUCAGCUGUCCUUCCUCCCUCCGGUGGUGUUGGACACUACACCCCUCUUCACACACUUUGGAGAAGUGAUUACUGAUGCCGGUUCCGCCUACCACACUAAUGAGACUGUGUCUGUUCGAUUCCACAGUGCCCACCCAAGAAACAACCUGCAGACCCAACCAGAGAACAUGCAGAAGACUGUGAGGCGGCGGCGGGGAAUUUUCCACUUUUUCUCCUGGGCCCACAAAAAGCUCCAGAAGUUUCUGUCAGGCCCAGAUGAAGAGGCAGAGUUGGAUGGAUCCUUCUUGACUGUGGAGAGAAAGAAGGAUGAUGGGACAUUUGAGGUGGUACACAAUGAUGCAUCAUGGGAUACAAUGUACAAGUGGAAGCGCACCAACGUUCUGGUGGGGCAUAGCGAGGCCACGAUCACAUGGACCAUCUCCCCCGGCACCCCGCCCGGUACCUACCGCAUCCGCCAUUUUGGACAUUCCAAGAACCUGGUGGGAGAGAUCACCCCCUUUGUCGGGAGCUCCCGCCACUUUACUGUCAACCAUUAGAACAAGUAUUUGCCUCCUUUGCAGACGUUCUUGGCACACGAUAAGUGUUUUUGGGGGGAGGGAGGGCAAGUUUUCUGAUCGCAUGUAGAUUGCACACGCUUUAAUGCAUUGUUAAGACUUGGCCAGAACUCUGUCCACCCACCCUUAUGUACUACCAUUGGGUAAGAACAUGCUGUCUGAUUUUCUCUGCAAUCACUAUCUCUCUCCCUUUC